UCGCUAUGGGAAGAUAUUCUCGAGGAGGGAGAGGUUGGCCCUUUGUUGAAAUUGCUCAAAGAAGGGAACAAGGAGAGUCAAAUGAUUGACACAAUAGCAAUUGGUGCGAUAUGUUAUGACUCGCAGAGCGUACAACGGGUGCUCAAAACUGGUGUUUGUAAAUUGUUUGCGAAAUACUCGAAGGUUUUUUGGAAGUGCAAGCUGCGGUAGCUGGGGUAAUUUCAAUAUUUGCUAGUAGUUGGUGACUUGAAUUUGGUUAAUUACAUAAGUAACAUGUUCGGUGAAAACUGAAAAGUUCGAUGGAACAGUGUCUUAGUUUUAGCAGAGGAGGAUGAGCCACCCAAGCAAAGCUUAUAUGAUUCAGAGUGAAAAAAUAACCUCACUAUUAACCAAGGCCAAGGGAAUCUUUUUAAAGCAGCAAUUGGCUACUUGUUGGGAACUUUAUUUUAUUCGACGGCUUCAUAAGUCUGCCAAUCGACCUCCCCCUCUCAAUCUUGUUUAAUCUGGCGUAGCAGCUCAUCUAUGGCAGCCACCAUGAAACAAAUAGUGGCAAAAUCAAUCAAAUUAGCUGAAGAAGUUAUAGUAUCUACAAAGGGUGUAAGGGUCUUCAAGGAUGAGUGCUAUGAGAUCAAGUCCAACACUCGUAAGCUCGCAGCAAUUCUUCGCGAAAUGGUGGCUCAAGCAUCCUCUAAAUUCUAUGAGCGUCCAGUGCGUAUAAUCAUUGACGAGACUGAACGGGUACUCCAAAGGGCCCUUUCUCUUGUGCUGAAAUUCUGCAAUAAUAGCCUCAUGAAGCGUAUCCUAACAAUCGUCUCUGCUUCUGAAUUCAGAUUAGUGUCAUGCCAAUUGCAGUUUUCUGUAAGAGAUGUUUCUUGGCUCCAUCGCUUAUUAUUUUCCAGCGAUGAUCAUCUAGGUAUAGAAUUAUCUGUCCCUCCAAUUGCCUCUAAUGACCCACUCCUUGCUCGGAUAUGGGCAUAUAUUGGUGCACUAUAUAAUGGUUCAAUAGAUGGUAAGCAUGAGGCUGCAAAUGAGCUCCUUUCGCUUUCACAAGAUUGUGAUUUGAAUAAAAAGUUGAUCAUACAGGAAGGAGGGGUUGUUCCAUUGUUGAAGUUGCUGAAAGAAGGUAGGAUAGAAGCACAAGUCAUAGCUGCAAAAGUAAUUGGGACUCUAGGCUUUGACUCAAAAAGCGUUCAACGCAUUAUCGAUGCUGGUGCCUGUUUGGUGUUUGUGAAAAUCCUCAAAGAAGGUUCUAUGAAAGUUCAAACUGAGGUGUCCUGGACUAUAUCAAAUCUUGCGGCUAAAUACCCGACAUGCCAAGGUAUUUUUGGCCAGAGUAAUAUAGUUCGCCUGCUAAUCAACCAUCUUGCAUCUGGAGUAGUUCAAGAACACGUUCCAAAUGCUAUUGUUAUAAACAAAGCCACAUCAGUUCUUGCAAUUGUAAUGGCAAGGAAUCAUUUGAUUACAAGUAAGGCAAUUGAGGAAUACUAUGAUGACAAGCCCAGGGAACCUCAGCAACAGAAUGUUUCACUCUCUGGUACAAGCUUUAAAGGUGGAGAAAUCAAAGUUGAAAAUGAAGACCCUGAGACUAAGGCCAAUAUGAAAGUUAUGGCCGCCAGAGCUCUUUGUAACCUCCUCAAGGGCAAUCCUUCUAUAUGCCGCACCAUCAUUGACUCAAGAGCUCUAAUGUCUUUUAUAGUUCUCUUAGACGAAGGAAAUAAGGAUGUUCAAUACCAUUCUGCGACCGCAUUGAUGGAGAUCACUGCCAUAGUAGAGGAAGAUAGUGAUCUAAGAAGAACCACAUUCAGACACAGUUCACCUGUUUGCAAAAUUGUUGUUGAUCAACUCGUGAAAAUUCUUCAAAGAGAAGAUCAAGAUUUAGACCUUCUAAUCCCAUGCAUCAAGAGUAUUGGGAAUUUGGCAAAAACAUUUCGAGUUGCGGAAGCAAGGAUAAUCACUCCAUUGGUUAAUCUUCUAGAUGAUAUUAUAGAUGUUGAGGUUCUAAAGGAGGCCUUAAUCACCCUUGCAAAGUUUGCCUGCAAAGAAAACAAUCUCCAUCAUGAUCAUUCCAAGAAAAUUAUACAAGCUGGAGGAGCAAAGAACCUAAUUUCGCUCAUCGUUUUCAAAGACCAAAUUGUUCAACACUCAGCAUUGCUUCUAUUGUGCUACAUUACUUUGCACGUCCCGAACAGCGAAGAGCUUGUGCAGCACGAAGUGCUCAAAGUGCUAGAAUGGGCUUCAAAGCAAUCAUUUGUUACUCAAGAUGAAACAUUUGACUCAUUGCUACCAGAGGCCAGAGCUAAAUUAGAGCAUUUUCAAUUCUCUAGAGUGGAGCAACAGGAAUAUACAGAAACACCUGCAGAGAUUGUAGCACGGUAUAAUAUCACAGAGAUAAUUAAUGCCACUCAAAAGUUCAGCCCAAAAAUGAAGGUUGGCAAGGAUGGUCAUUUUGGGAUAGUCUACAAGGCUGAACUGCCAAAUCUGACCGUAGCAGUGAAGAAGCUUUUUCCUCAAUCAAAGAAAGCUGCAGGAAUAAGAGCAGAGGUUCUUGCAUUGUCUAAUUUGGAAAAUCAGAAUCUUGUUAAAUUACUGGGUUCUUAUUCAAAGAGAGGUUUGCAUUUGCUAAUUUAUGAAUAUAUGGAUAAAGGAUCCCUUGAGCAAGCUUUAUUCGGUCCUCAUUUUUCACUGCCGCUUAAUUGGGAAAUUAGAUACCGUAUUUGCCAACAAAUAGCCCAAGGUUUAGAAUAUAUACAUAACCAGGAGCCCCCCAUAAUCCACAGAAGUAUCAACGCCAGUAAUAUUCUGCUUUAUAGAGAUUAUAAUGCUAAAAUCUCAGACUUUGGAUUGGCAAAUCUGUAUGAGGAGAAUGAUCCAUUCACGUUCAUUAGAGCAGGAAGGACACUAAGGUACAUGGCACCUGAGUAUGCUGUUGGAAAAGAAGUAACAGUGAAAUCUGAUGUGUAUAGUUUUGGUAUUCUGCUCCUUGAAAUCCUUAGUGGGAUAAAGAUGGACACAAAUUUGGGCGAUCGUGGUAAUAGUAUUUAUCUUUUAGACAAGGCUUUUGAAUGUCACAAGCAAAAAAACUACGAGGAACUAGUCGAUGAAAUAUUAAAGGAGUAUCGAUUAUGGAAAGUAUCAUCAAGAACACUAGAACAAGCCAUCACCAUCAUCAAAUUGGCAAUGUUGUGCAUUGAUCGGUUGCCUUCUAAUAGGCCUGCGAUGUCAAAUGUAGUGAGUGUGCUUCAAGGUAAAAUAACUGUUAAAGAUAUUGCUGACAAUGUAUCAUCUUCCUUUUACCUAUAAUUUCAAAUUUGGGAUUUGCUUUUGGAGUUUAUUUCAUCUAUUAUUAUAGCAUUCUUCAUUAGUUUUUCAAUGUUCUUCAUUAGUUUUAUUGUUUUUAUAUGUGAUGUGAAAUGGAUGUCCCUGCUGGAGCUUUUUUGCUACUCUUAAUGAGGAUGAAUACAAAGAUUGUGAAGUUGGUGUUCAUUGUGUUUGAACUUUGUAUAGAAUUUAUAAGACUAAAGAAAGGGUGUGUA